CCUCUCCAUCAUCUCUUCCCCUGCGGGCCGUUGCUGCGUCACUGCGUGCCUGUUGCUGCUGCCGGAGGAGAGAGGCUGUCCACAUUCAACAGGCGCUGACGGACCCGGCUCCUCUGCGGACCGCGGGAGCUGAUGGAGACGGAGGUGUUCGGGGGAGGUGCUGCGCGCCUGGUGCAUGUUUACGCGAUCCUCUCUCGCCACUCGAGCUCCGUGCCUCGGUGAGUCCCGACCCUACGCUCCCUGCCGUGAGGAGAGCAUGGCGGCUCCGCACAGCGGCUCCAACGCCACGGGGAACCACAGCAACCCGUUCGUGCAGCCGCCGUGGCGCGUGGCGCUCUGGUCCGUGGCCUACAGCGCGGUGCUGGCCGUGGCGGUGUUCGGGAACCUCGUGGUGAUCUGGAUCAUCCUGGCCCACAAGAGGAUGAGGACGGUCACCAACUACUUCCUCUUAAACUUGGCGUUUUCGGACGCGUCCAUGGCCGCGUUCAACACGCUGGUCAACUUCAUCUACGCGACCCACGGGGAGUGGUACUUCGGGGAGGCGUACUGCCGCUUCCACAACUUCUUCCCGGUCACGUCCGUGUUCGCCAGCAUCUACUCCAUGACGGCCAUCGCUGUGGACAGGUACAUGGCCAUCAUCCAUCCCCUGAAGCCCCGGCUGUCGGCGAAGGCCACCACGGGCGUGAUCGUGUGCAUCUGGAGUCUGGCCGUGGUCCUGGCCUUCCCCCUCUGCUACUUCUCCACCACCAGAACUCUGCCCCGCCGGACCCUGUGCUACGUGGCCUGGCCCCGCAUGGCCGACGACGCCUUCAUGUAUCACAUGGUAGUCACAGUCCUGGUGUACGUGCUGCCCCUAGUGGUGAUGGCCAUCACCUACAGCAUCGUGGGGGUCACCCUGUGGGGGGGGGGGAUCCCCGGAGACUCAUCUGAUAACUACCAUGGACAGCUCCGGGCCAAACGCAAGGUGGUGAAGAUGAUGAUCAUCGUGGUGGUGACCUUUGCCCUCUGCUGGCUGCCCUACCACGUCUACUUCAUUGUGACGGGGCUCAACAAGCGUCUGAGCAAGUGGAAGUCCAUCCAGCAGGUGUACCUGUCCGUGCUGUGGCUGGCCAUGAGCUGCACCAUGUUCAACCCCAUCAUCUACUGCUGCCUGAACAGCAG